AGGGUGGUGAUCACGACAAUAUUAACGGCGACAGGCGAAGCGGAAGUGGUAGCGCCGGGGAGGCUGUGGGCGGAGGGGCGACACCGUUGGGACCAUCGCCAUGGGGGCAGUGCUGGGGGUCUGCUCUCUGGCCAGCUGGAUUCCAUGUCUGUUCAGCGGUGCAUCAUGUUUGCUGUGUCGCUGUUGUCCCAACAGCAAGAAUUCUACCGUGACCCGGCUUAUUUAUGCCUUCCUCCUCCUCCUCAGUACUCUGGUUGCCUGCAUCAUGCUGGCACCAGGUAUGGAGAAGCAGCUGAAAAAGAUACCUGGAUUUUGUAACAGCUAUGAUUGUGAAGCUUUGGUUGGGUACAGAGCAGUCUACCGAAUUAGUUUUGCUAUGGCCGUGUUCUUCUGCCUGUUUGCACUUCUUAUGAUACAAGUGAAAUCAAGUAAAGAUCCAAGGGCAGCUGUGCAUAAUGGCUUCUGGUUCUUCAAAAUUGCUGCAGUUGUUGGCAUCAUGGUUGGAGCAUUUUACAUUCCAGAAGGGCCUUUCACAACUGCGUUGUUUGCAAUCGGCACUAUUGGCGCCUUCUUUUUCAUUCUCAUCCAGCUGGUGCUUCUGGUAGAUUUUGCUCAUUCCUGGAAUGAAUCCUGGGUUGAACGAAUGGAAGAGGGAAACUCCAGGUGUUGGUAUGCUGCUCUGCUGUCAUGUACCGGCUUGAACUAUAUCCUGUCCUUAGUUGCCAUUGUGCUCUUCUAUGUUUUCUACACAAAACCUGAUAGCUGUACUGAGAACAAGUUUUUCAUCAGCUUCAAUAUGAUUGUGUGCAUUGCUGUGUCUAUCACAUCAAUCCUUCCCAAAGUCCAGGAACAUCAGCCUCAUUCUGGCCUUCUCCAGUCAUCUGUCAUUACUCUCUACACCAUGUACCUCACUUGGUCAGCUAUGUCCAAUGAGCCUGAUCGCAACUGUAACCCAAGUCUUCUGAACAUCAUCAGCCAAAUAGCUGUACCUACCUCCUCCCCACUGAAUACAACUGUUGUUGUUCCUCCUACUCCUGAACCACAAAAAUCUCCACAGUGGUGGGAUGCACAGAGUAUUGUCGGGCUCUUUAUUUUUGUGCUUUGUCUCCUGUACUCUAGCAUUCGAUCUUCCAACUACAGCCAAGUGAACAAGCUGACCCUGUCUACAAGUGACAGUGUCAUUCUGGAUGAUACUCCAGCCACUGCUGGUGGAGAUGUAGAAGAAGGAGAUGUUCAGCGGGUCUUAGACAAUGAAAAGGAUGGUGUCCAGUAUAACUAUUCCUUCUUCCACUUCAUGCUGCUUCUUGCCUCCCUGUAUAUCAUGAUGACGCUUACCAAUUGGUACAGCCCUGAUGCCGAAACCAAAAACCUGAGAAGCAAGUGGCCAGCUGUCUGGGUGAAAAUCUCCUCAAGCUGGGUCUGUCUCCUCCUUUAUCUCUGGACCUUAGUGGCCCCUCUUGUCCUUACCAAUCGGGAUUUCAGUUAAAUGGUAACUUUCUGAAAGUGUGGAAACAUUAUAUUCUGCUCUGCUGAAAGCCAAAUGUUCGGUGUUGCUUCUUGGAGCCAAGAUUCUGGCUGUAUCUCCUGCAACAUACAGAUGAAUAGACAGCUGCUCUCUGGUAUUAUGCUUGAGCCAAGAUCUAAACCAUAUACAGUUUGAUGUGUUUAAUUCAAAGCUAGCUUUACUGUUAUUCUACUACAGCUCUGCUGUUUAAACAUUUUGUAAAACUCAAAAGAAACUUGUAGUGUAAACAGGAUGCAUUUUGCUAUUGGAGAAAGCUUAAUUAGGCCGAAAGUAAUAUAUUUUAAAGUCCUUAUGCUUCAGUAUAUGGAGGUGAAAGCCAUACUGUAAGUCUACAUUCUGCUUUGGGAAAUGUAUCUAGUAGUGUUGUUUUUAAUAGGUAGGAGUAGAUUUUCUCAGUAGAGAAUGGCAUGUUAAUGUAGUGUAGCAAAUCAGCAACUGUUAGAUCAUUGUAAAAGACAGAUUUUUAUACAGAACAUGUGUUUUGCUAAAUAGUAGUAUUUGCCACUUUAUUUCAUAGGGUCCAUAUCCAGUAUGCUUUAAGCAAAUUAUUGAAAUGAAGCAUUUACUGAAGUGCUUCUUUCUAAUGACCAAUGCUUGUAAAAGCCAGUGUACCAAUUUGUCCAUUUUGACAUUUAAUAUUUGCACUAUAAACAUGUUUGAUUAACA